UAUCUCUCUUAUUGUCUGUGAUAGCUGACAAUUGGCACAUACCUGAAGAAUAUAUCAGAAGUUUGCGAACUCGUACUCGGCUAAAUUAUUCGUGUACAUUUUGUACUCGCGCUUCUACUGACUCGUACCAUUAUUGUGUAGCAAUGUUAUAUGCCAUUUAAUCAGAUAAAACGGUUUACAAAAAUGCCAUCCUCUAUAGUCCCAAUCAAUCUCACAAGAGAUUUUUCUAUUAAACCAGCUCAUGGAUUAAGAUAUGGAAAUUUUGAAGGUGUUGUUUAUUUACCACCCACAGCCAAAUACGAGAAAAGAGGAGAACAGAACUUUUCAAAAUUAAACAACCAACAGAUUUAUAAAAAGAUAUGCGAUUGGUUUGAAGUAUGGAGAUCAUGGCAGCAGCAACAUUUGUUAUUCGGUAUUAUUGAUAGAUGUAGUAUUACUCAGCUAGAUAUUCUUGCCACAACACUUGAACCAGUAAGACACAGAGAUUAUGCUGCAGCUUACAAACAUAGGUAUCCAUCUACACCAUUUAAAGUACUUAAACAAAGACAGGAGUCAAGAAACUACAAACUAACAUUUGAAGAGCCAGUUAAACAACCUCCCAAGUCCAAUAUAAUCAGUGAAACACCAGGACAGCUAUUUGAAUUUGAUGUCACAGGAGAUGGACGGAUUGAUCUGCUGGAGGAUAUAGUCAGUUCAACAGAUUCUCCCAACAGUAGACAAUUAGAAAAACAGGAUACAUUUGAUAGAUUAUGUGAAGUCAGAGCAAACAUCAACCCAUUUGAGAAGUAUGUUACAGAUUUAACUGAAACUAUAAUUCAACAAGCAGUGAACCAUGCUGCAGUUUUACACAAAUAUGGUACAGCAACAAAGUACAAGGGAGAAGAGCCUGUUUAUCAUACUCCUCGUCAAGGAGGGGUGUCCCAAGUUAGUUUUGCUUCAACAGAUAUUGAAUCAACGGAGGGGGAUGAAGGGAGAGAGAAUAUUACUUCACUGAGAGACAUUACCAAUCAAUCUUUAGCCAGGGAAACCAAUAUUUCUCACUUACGGGAUACAAAUAUAUCAAUGAGGGGAACGGAUACAACAUUGAGAGGUCUUGCCAAAUCUCAACAGUAUUCUAGAAUCAGAGUAUUAUCACCAACAAUCAUAGAGACUUCUAAUAAAGUAUACCGUGAAAAAAGUUACUCAAGCGUGCAUUCUGAUAUGUCAAAAAGUCUGGAACAUUUUUCCAGUAGAAAUACUAGUCAAGUUAGACAACACUUAUUUGGAAGUAAUGCUGCUAGUACUCCAGAUUUCUUUACUGCUGAUACAGAAAACGUCCACAAAUUAGGACCCAUGCAACGUCAAAUUAGAUUUGGUACAGUACGGAAACCUAGAGGAGUAGAUGAUUUGCCAGUUACUCUGCAGAAAUCUUAUAAGAAUGUUAAGUGGUGGACAGGAGCUCCAAAGAAAGGGAAAAUCUUCUUAAAGGCACAGAAAGUUGAUUUAAUGUCUAAUUUUAAAGAUCAGCUGAAGCAGAUAUGGACUUGGCAAGGUCAGUGGGAAGGUUAUGAAAAGAUUAACUUACUAAAAGAAGUGUUGAAGUUAUGUGGCGACGAAGUUCUCAGUCACCUUACUACACAUAUACAACAAAGAAUUAGAGACACCAGAGAUGUGAAUAGGCUGUCAGAUAAACUUUUGCUGUACAUUUUUUCCUUUUUGACACCACAUGAUAUUUUUAAAGCUUCACAGGUGUGCAGGAGAUGGAGGUUCUUAUGUGAUACAGAUGAUCUCUGGAUGAUCAAAUGUCAUGAGCUAGGUGUGAAAGAGGGAAUUGAUAACAUGGAUGAUAUUGUAAUGAAGUCAAAUCAAAAUAAAAUGGGUAUAGACUGGAAGCUAGCUUAUAUGGAACUACAGAGAAUCACCCGUAUGAUGAAAUGGGAUGCUAAACAAAGAGAAAGUUACAUUCCAAUACCAUGGCAACAAUUUUUGCCUGUUUUGGUGACCAUUCCAAGCACUGCUAAAGGUGCAGAAUUAAGAGCAGCAGAAGAAGUAGAGCGACUAAGAAAACAAAAAGAGGAAGAAGAGCUCCUGAGAAAAUUAGCUUUGUUAAGGAAAACAAGCAUGGCCAGAUUGUCAACAAGUGUGUUGGAUUUUCAAGAUUUACUGGAGAAAUAUUGUAAAUUGUUUCAUCUUAGUCCAUUAGAAGAAGACCUUUUGGUGAAAUCUGUAUCAGUUAUAGCUGAACUUGAAGUAAAACGAGGGACACUGUCUCGCCUACAAAAACAUGAAGAAAAGAGACAACAAAGGGAGAUAACAGCAGCUGCAGCUAAAGCUGAACUUGAGUCAAAAACAAAAGUUCCAGAAAAAGAUGAUGAUGUUUCCAGUGAGGUCUCCUCAGAAGAUUUGGAGGAGUAUAUGGACUCAGUAUUCCAGGUUGUUAAAAGAGAAAAAACAAGAUCCUCAUCAUAUUGGAAAAAACUGAGACCAUUAAUUAACCAAGCGAGGCUACAAGAUAUAGAGAGAACACAGCAACAAGUCAAGGCAAGGAAAGCUUGGAAAGAAAGAGGAAAGAAAGAAAAACUAGAAAAAGAGUCAAAAAAGAAGAGGAAGACCACAGAAAAUACAUUUGUACCUGACCAAAUGAGAAAUGGUGACACAGAGAAGAAAACAGAUGAAACAGCAUUUGACAUUAGAACUGAUUUAAUACAAGCAAGAGACAUACUGGGUAAAUCAAUGCCAAGUAUGAAGUUAGAGUGGAGACAAAUGGAAGAUACUGAUGAUAAAACACCUAGACCUUUUGAGAUGCCAAGAUACAUGGGUAUUGUGAAAAGUGUCAAACGAGUUAGGAGGUUACAGGGUCAUUUGAAUUCCAUUUUAUGUGUACAUUUUGACAAGAAGAGACUUAUAUCAGCAGGUUUAGAUAGGACCGUCAGGUUAUGGGACAUCAGAAGUGGCAAAAGCAUUCACAAAUUUUAUGGCCACAAGGGAGGUAUUAGAUGUUUACAGUUUGAGGGCAAUACACUACUUACAGGAUCAUGGGAUACAACCAUCAUUGUGUGGGAUUUGCGAACUUUUGAGAAAAGGACAGUACUUGCUAAACACACAGAUUGUGUUUCAUGCUUAUAUAUUGGGCCAGAAUAUAUUAUUUCUGGCUCAUAUGAUAAGACUGUCAGGGUAUGGUUUAGACAGACAUUAAUCCAGUGGAAGGUUAUCAGAGGUCAUACAGCAGCAGUUAACAGUGUAUCAUGUGAUGGAGACUGCUUUGUAUCAGGGUCCAGUGACAUGACACUUAGGCUUGUAAACAUACAAACAUCUGAAUGCUUACGCAUAUUUAGUGGCUGCCAAGACCAAAUUCUUUCUGUAGUAAUGCAAGGUGACUUAAUCAUUAGUGGUGACUCUGGAGGCCAUGUAUACUUUUGGAACAAAGAAACAGGUGAGACAGAGGCAGCUGUACAAGCACAUGAUGGACAAAUACACAAAGUCUGUUUUCAUAAAGGAAGAUUUUUCACAGCUUCAAGUGAUUCUACAGUACGAGAAUGGGACCUGAUGUCAAUGACAAGUGUCAGAGUACUACAGGGACACAAGGGACCUGUCAGGGACAUAAAGGUAACGGAGGAUCGUUUUGUGACAUGCAGUGAAGAUGGUACCAUCAGAAUUUGGGAUUUAUUUGACAGUCGACGACCUGGAAUUAAGUUAUAGAAACUUGGAAUAUUAAAGCAUAUAAUUUGAUUGAAAGGAUAACAUUUUGAAACUUAUCUUAUUUUAGUUGCUCACCUUUUACAAUCGACAGCUGGAGUGUUUGUCCCUUCUCGUGUGUCGUCUGUCAACAGCAUACUCUGAAAUCACUGGACUAAAUGCUAUCAAACGUAACAUCCAACAUCGUAAGAGAGUCGAUAAUUAUGACCACGCAGACAGACCAACACGAUAGCUAUGAUGCUGCAACAUAAUGUGAAAACAAUAAAACAAACAAACCGUUCUACACAGAAAAAUUCAAAUACAAACAAUUAAUGUAAUUUUUAGGCAAACCUUGUAAAUAUAACUUUGUGAACCGUACUGUAAAAAAUAGACAAAGUUUCGUAAUAAGUAUCAAUUCUCUAGUUUAUUGUUGCAAUUCAAUAAUAUGGGAUCUAGAGAUAUAGUUGAAGAUUUGGUUUAAAUGGGCUUAAGCUACGAAAUAUAAAACACAAUGAAAUAAGAAUUUGUUUUGUUCAAUCAUAAAUGAGAGUCAAAUAGUAAAAUACUAAUUCGCCAGUUGUUUUGAUUUUGUCAAAAUAAGUUAAGAAACAUUGCUCAUGAAUUAUUCACUUGUAGGUGAAUAAUUCGACCUCAAUGAAUCCGUUUUCAUAUGACCCUCAAUUAAACCUUUUAGAUGGGGAAAGAUGACGCAUGUAUACAGCUUUCAAAAGAAAAGAAAUUUCAACAUUGACAGUGAAACGAGGAUAAAUAAUUUGGUUCACUGGUUCGAUCCAAAUGAACCAUUCUUAUAUCAGAUAAGCAAAGAAUCCACAUUUAAGAAUAUUUAGUUUGAUACUCAGUUUAACAGUUGUGAUCCACCUUGACUGGCAUUGUUUAAAAAAGUGUCUGCGAAUCUUAUCAGAAAUAGGUGUAUGCCCUAUUUUGUAGUUACCUUCCGUGGCAAUCUUACGGUGUAUGGAUUGCUGUGUAUGCAUUAAAAUAGACAAGUCGGGAUACAACCAUUCGGUCUUUUCCGUUUCAUUCAUAUUUCAUAAGUUUUGAUAACUCUUUAUAAAAUUUAUUAACCUGAAUGUUUGACUAAAAUUCCUAGUGCAGACAUUCCUUUACGAGAUUUUUGAUUUUUUGAAUUGUACACAAAAAUAGAUUUUAUGCAGCUUUUAACUGAUAGAACAUUGUUUCGUUUUGUAUUCAUUUUAUUGAGAUGUAUAUUAAUUUAUUUGAAGUAUGGUGCACUUAAUGGUACCGAUUUAGAAAUAUAAAAAAAUGAUUACAAUGUUUUUAAUGUAUUUGAAUUUGCACAAUUCUAUUUAUUUGUUUGUAAGAAUUUAUUUGCUAUGUUUAUAACUAUUAUUAACAGGUUAUGUUUUGUGAUAACAGGGUGUUUUGUGAUAAGCAGAAAAAUGAAAGUAUUGAAUAAAUUUUAUUUUGUAACAUUUAAAACUGUGUCCCAUAUAUAUAUAUAUAGCUACAUUUAUUUACUGAUACUAACUACACAGUUUUUCGAAUUCAUUUUGGUUAUAAAACAAUUGACAGUCAAGUAAUUAUGAUAUUUCCCAAAAAACUAACCUGUCUUACUGCAAAUUUCUCAGUUCUACACUUUUUGUUAUUGAUUUCAACAGUUCCUCUAUGCAUUAAAUGACUCACAUUAAGUUCAACUACAUUUGUACCUUUAUUGUUUAUUUUUUAUUAUAAUUUGGUACCUAACUGGAUGUUAUAGUUUAUUAUUAAGACUGAUAUACUUUGUAGAACAUCAAAUUCCUUUGAACAGUUCUAGUCCUUGUGUGGUGUAUUAUUGCACGUUGUUAACAGUUUGAUUGCAAUAUAGAUUACAUAUUAUUUGUUUACAAGCUUUUUAGCUCACCUGGCCCAAAGGGCCAAGUGAGCUUUUCUCAUCACUUUGCGUCCGUCGUCCGUCGUCGCCCGUCGUCGUUAACCUUUACAAAAAUCUUCUCCUCUGAAACUACUGGGCCAAAUUAAACCAAACUUGGCCUCAAUCAUCAUUGGGGUAUCUAGUUUAAAAAUUGUGUCCGGUGACCCGGUCAACUAACCAAGAUGGCCGCCAUGGCUAAAAAUAGAACAUAGGGGUAAAAUGCAGUUUUUGGCUUAUAACUCAAAAACCAAAUCAUUUAGAGCAAAUCUGACAGGGGGUUAAAUUGUUAAUCAUGUCAAUAUCUAUCUACACUGAAAAUUUCAGAUGAAUCGAAUAACCGGUUGUUGGGUUGCUGCCACUAACUUGGUAAUUUUAAGGAAAUUUUGCUGUUUUUGGUUAUUAUCUUGAAUAAUAUUAUAGAUAGAGAUAAACUGUAAACAGCAAUAAUUUUCAGCAAAGUAAGAUCUACAAAUAAGUCAACAAGACCAAAAUGGUCAGUUGACCCCUUUAGGAGUUAUUGCCCUUUAUAGUAAAUUUUUAACCAUUUUUCGUAAAUCUUAGUAUUCUUUUACAAAAAUCUUCUCCUCUGAAACUACUUGGCCAAAUUUAACCAUACUUAGCCACAAUCAUCAUUGGGGUAUCAUGUUUUAAAAUUGUGUCCGGUGACUUGGUCAACUAUUCAAGAUGGCCGCCACAGCUUGAAAUAGAACAUAGGGGUAAAAUGCAGUUUUUGGCUUAAAAAUCAAAAACCACAGCAUCAAGAGCAAAUCUGAAAAGGGUAAAAUUAUUUAGCAGGUCAAAAUCUAUCUGCCCUGAAAAUUUCAGAUGAAUCGAAACAAACCGUUGUUGGGUUGCUGCCCCUGAAUUGGUAAUUUUAAAGAAAUUUUGCUGUUUUUGGUUAUUAUCUUGAAUAAUAUUAUAGAUAGAGAUAAAAAGUAAACAGCAAUAAUGUUUAGCAAAGUAAGAUUUACAAAUAAUUCGACACGAACAAUUUGGUCAGUUGACCCCUUUAGGAGUAACUGCCCUUUAUAGUAAAUUUUCAACAUUUUUCAUAAAUUUUUGUAGAUUUUUCGAAAAUAUUUUCCACCGAAAUUACUGGGCCAAGUUCAUUAUAUAUAGAGAUAAUUGUAGCAUGAAGAAUUUUCAGUAAAGUAAGAUCUACAAACACAUCACCAUCAUCAAAACACAAUUUUGUUAUGAAUUUAUCUGUGUCCAUUGUUUAAUAUGCACAUAGACCAAGGUGAGCGACACAGGCUCUUGAGAGCCUCUAGUUAAGUUUAGUUUUGUUUUGAUACCUUUCUAUUAAAUAUUAACUAUCAUUA